AUGACACAAUUGUUUAUAUUGACAAACGUUAACGAGAAUAGGUCUUCGCUUGUUAAAAAUUUUCAGCAUUUCGACACAGACGCUUCAGCAGAUAUCUGUGCGGACAAGUUUGCUGACGAGGGCGAGACUACAGGUUUUAAAGGACUGGUCAGUUCCACAAUACUUAUUAUUAUAAUACUGCGCCUUUUGAUUAUUAUGUUGUUCAACUCACAAUUCAAACUCUCAACAGUUUCGAUGAACAGACCUUCCUUCCGUGGCUGGGAGGAGGAGGAGGAAAGCGGCCCGGCCCCCGGCCCCCAAGCAGACGUUGGAGGCCUAUUCGAAGGAGGCCAAAUCUUGUGGGAAGUAGCGCGCGAAGAGUACACAAGCGCAAGUAUCCCACACAAAUAA